AUGAGGGUUAGGACCAAAGUCUCUAAAUUUAGAGACCAAAUCAUGAAAUCUUCGCGCAAUCAUUACACGCCUCUAAUGGAGAAAUACGAGAAGAUCUCAAAGAUAGGCGAAGGAAGCUAUGGUAUUGUCUUCAAGUGUCGGUCCCGAGAGAGCGGACAACUCGUGGCCAUCAAGAAGUACGUCGAGACAGAGGACGACCCCCUCAUCAAGAAGAUUGCCUUACGGGAGAUACGCAUGCUUAAACUGCUAAAGCACGCGAAUCUCAUAAAUCUGAUCGAG